UCUCCUGUAUCCCCCGUCCUCAAACUUCGAGGGUUGGAGGGAAGGAAAAAAAAAGAAAAGAAAAAAAGAACGGGACCUAAGCUGGGACCUCCCAGCAGGAGUGAUUGAAAAGGAGCCAGAGAAGGCGCGGCGGGGGAGAGUCCCCCUCCUCCGCGUCUCGGAGCCGCCGCAGGAUGUGGGUGCCGCUGCUGCUCUUGCUCCUGGAGCUGCUCCCGGCCGUGCCAGCGCAGAAACUCUCCGCGCUCACGUUUUUGAGAGUGGACCAAGACAAAGACAGAGAAUGCAGCCUGGACUGUGCAGGGUCCCCCCAGAAGUCUCUCUGUGCAUCUGAUGGAAGAACUUUUCUGUCCCGGUGUGAAUUCCAGCGAGCAAAAUGCAAGGACCCUCAACUGGAGGUUGCGUACCGAGGCAACUGCAAAGAUGUUUCCAGAUGUGUGGCUGAGAGGAAGUACACCCAGGAACAAGCUCGCAAGGAAUUUCAACAAGUGUUUAUCCCAGAAUGCAAUGAAGAUGGCACAUAUAGUCAGGUUCAGUGCCAUAGUUACACUGGAUACUGCUGGUGUGUCACUCCUAAUGGCCGUCCUAUCAGUGGUACUGCCGUGGCCCACAAAACUCCUCGGUGCCCAGGUUCUCUAAGUGAGAAAUUGCCACAACGAGAAGGUGCAGGAAAAGCAGAUGAUGCCUCAGCUCCUGCACUAGAGACUCAGCCUCAAGGUGAUGAAGAAGAUAUAGCUUCUCGGUAUCCUACAUUAUGGACUGAACAAGUAAAGAGUAGGCAAAACAAAACCAAUAAAAGCUCAGCAUCAUCAUGUGAUCAAGAACUUCAGUCAGCACUGGAGGAAGCCAAACAACCCCAGAAAGACAAUGUAUUCAUUCCAGAGUGUGCCCAGGGUGGCCUUUACAAACCUGUUCAGUGUCAUCCUUCCACAGGCUACUGUUGGUGUGUUCUUGUGGAUACAGGACGUCCCAUUCCUGGCACAUCAACAAGGUAUGAACAACCCAAGUGUGAUAACAGUGCCAGAGCUCACCCAACCAAGACAAAGGAUUUGUAUAAAGGACGGCAACUUCAAGGUUGUCCUGGGGCUAAGAAGAAUGAGUUCCUGACUAGUGUUUUGGAUGCAUUGUCCACAGAUAUGGUGCAUGCAGUUUCUGAUCCMUCGUUGUCUUCUAGCCGAGUUUCAGAGCCUGAUCCAAAUCACACUCUGGAGGAGAGAGUAGUCCACUGGUAUUUCAAACAACUUGAUAAAAAUUCCAGUGGUGACAUUGGCAAGAAAGAAAUCAAACCUUUUAAGAGAUUCCUACGAAAGAAAUCAAAACCCAAAAAAUGUGUGAAGAAGUUUGUGGAAUACUGUGAUGUGAACAACGAUAAGUCCUUGUCAGUUCAAGAAUUAAUGGGCUGUCUGGGAGUAACAAAAGAAGAAGGUAAAGCAGAAACAAAGAAACGCCAUACAGCCCCUAAAACUAAUACCGAGAGCACUUCAUCCAACAGGCAGCAAGUUUCUAAGAAGCAAGGGUGAACAACUUUUUAAUCCAAGGCAAAUCUCUUUGACGUGGGAGAUUUCCUCACCAAAGGCAAUAAAAACAACUGUAGUAUUUGCACUUUGUACGUUAAAAUGUAAAUUCACUUUGUAGAAAUGAAAUAUUUAAACAGACUUUUCUUAAUCUGUGAAAAUGUAAUGGCUAGUUUUGAAAAAUUAUCACAUACAAUGUAUGUGCCUUCUGUCGUCUGAAAUAUGUAGAAUGUGUUGGAGAUGUACAAGGUUGCAUUUAAACCUUUUUAAUACAUUGUUUAAAAACACUAGUUUAGAAACCUGAUUCUGCGUAUUUUGGUUUUAGUAGUAUGUCUUGUGGGUUUUUUUUGUUUUGUUUUGUUUUGUUUUGUUUUUAACCAAUACUGUAUUUUAAGUAGAGUUAUGAUGAAAGGUCUACUGUAUUCUCAGUUUUGUCCAAGCAAUGUUGGAUAUUUCAGGUUUCCAGGACCAAGGGAAGUGUAAGUUGCUGUUGAGUUGUUUUUUGCAGUUUUAAAGUGAAUCAAUUUUUCACUGGUGGCAAUGUUUUUUUCAUUUUGAUUUUAUUGUUAUGCCAUUCAAAGAUCAGGCAGUGAGAAUGCAACCACUAAUGAAUUCAAAACAGUUAUUCURCCGUUAAGGUUCUUGUAGAAAAAUGUAUCCGUUUAUCCAUUUUUGAGGAGGCUUUCA